AUUCUGACAUCCCCAGCUGGUGAAUAAUUAAGCUACCACCUCUGCUGAGGCAGGCCUCCAUCUCCAGGUCCCACCUGCAGCCUCCUUGGUGCCCAACAAACAGUGGACACCUUUGGGGACCAACUUGGAGUGCUCCCAGCCCAGCCUUUGCUCUCACCUCCCAGCCUCCUGCUUAGACCGGCUAUAGCCGCUCCAUGGCUCCCGAGAUGGACCAGUUCUACAGAUCCACCAUGGCGAUCUAUAAGAGUAUCAUGGAGCAGUUUAACCCCGCCCUGGAGAACCUGGUGUACCUGGGCAACAACUACCUCCGAGCCUUCCAUGCUUUGUCUGAGGCAGCUGAGAUAUACUUCAGCGCCAUCCAGAAGAUCGGGGAGCAGGCCCUGCAGAGUUCUACCUCACAGAUUCUAGGUGAGAUCUUGGUGCAGAUGUCAGACACCCAGCGGCACUUGAACUCUAACCUGGAGCUGGUGGUGCAGACGUUCCACGGCGACCUGCUGCAGCACAUGGAGAAGAACACCAAGCUGGAUAUGCAGUUCAUCAAGGACAGCCGCCAGCACUACGAGAUCGAGUACCGCCACCGAGCGGCCAACCUGGAGAAGUGCAUGUCUGAGCUGUGGCGCAUGGAGCGCAAGAGGGACAAGAACGCCCGGGAGAUGAAGGAGAGCGUGAACCGGCUGCACACGCAGAUGCAGGCCUUUGUGUCUGAGAGUCAGCGGGCAGCGGAACUGGAAGAGAAACGGCGCUAUCGCUUCCUGGCCGAGAAGCACCUGCUGCUUUCCAACACCUUCCUGCAGUUCUUCGGCAGGGCCCGGGGGAUACUCCAGAACCGCGUGCUGCUGUGGAAGGAGCAGUCGGAUGCCAGCCGCAGCCCGUCGUCGCGCGCACACUCCCCGGGCCUGCUGGGCUCCGUGCUGGGGCCGCCCUACCCCUCGGGCCGCCUGACGCCCACCCGUCUGGACAUGCCCCAGCGGCCUCUGGGCGAGUUCAGCUCCCCCCGCAACCGGCACGGCUCCGGCUCCUAUGGCCCCGAGCCCGCCGACACAAGGGCUGCGUCGCAGCUGGAGCCAGACCGCCGGUCCUUGCCCCGGACGCCGUCGGCCACCUCGCUCUACACCAGCGGCACCGAGCGCUCGCGCUCCAACUCCUUCGGUGAGCGCCCCGGAGCCGGCGGGGGCGGCGGAAGCACCAGGAGAGUCCGCGCCCUGGUCUCCCACUCUGAGGGCGCCAACCACACGCUGCUGCGCUUCUCAGCCGGAGACGUGGUGGAGGUGCUAGUGCCUGAGGCCCAGAACGGCUGGCUCUACGGAAAGCUAGAGGGCUCCUCCACGGGCGGCUGGUUCCCUGAGGCCUAUGUAAAGCCUUUGGAAGAAGUGCCUAGGAGUCCCAUGGCCCCCUUGAGCCCUAUGACCUCUGUGAACCCCAUGAACGAGCUACCUUCCAGGUCCUACCCACUCCGAGGUAGCCACAGCCUUGAUGACCUCCUGGACCGGCCAACCAACUCUACCACGUCCUCAGAGUAUUGGGAUGGCCAGUCUCGCUCCCGUACCCCCAGCCGCGUGCCGAGUCGCGCCCCCAGCCCCGCACCUACACCCUUGCCUGGUAGCCGCCGAAGCAGCAUGGGGAGCAUGGGUGUGUCCAGUGACGUCAAGAAACUUAUGUCCUGGGAGCAGCAUCCACCAGAGCUCUUCCCGAGGGGCACCAAUCCCUUUGCCACCGUAAAGCUUCGUCCUACUGUCACCAAUGACCGCUCUGCGCCCCUUAUCCGCUGAGGUGCCUUCCUCCAUCAGGGGUCUGAGGUCUACCCGACACAGCUGCCCAGGGGCUGGGCAGAUUUGGUGGCAGCAGUGGCAGCAGCGACAAACAGCAGCAACUGAUCCAAGAAGUGGGACCCUGAGAUCAGGGGUGACUGCCCUUCCCCAAACCACUCCCCAGCCCAAGUAGCUCCAAGGUGCUGGCCUGGAGUCUGGGGCCUUCAAAGUAAAGCAGGUGGAACUAGGGGACAGAACAAUUUCUUCCCCUCCAAGGGCUCCAGGACUCUCCCUGGAGGGCCUAUCUCUUGUCCCCAACCUCUUUCCCGCUUCUCUUUCCCAGAGGAGAGGAACUCCUUGUCCCACCCUCCCACCCCAAACAUGCCCUGUUUAACUUUUAUAAAUGGUGAGAAAUAAAGGAAAUGGACAUGGC